AUGGAGGUGCAGCUGGAAUCGUUGGGAGAUUUGUGCAGACGGCUUCAGGAAGCGGCGCGGCAGGCGCAUUCCAACAGCAAGGUGCUCUUAAAGCAUGCGGACACCAUGGUGCUGCGCGUCGAGAUCGCCAAGCGCAGCGUCGACCUCGUAGACCAUGAAUUCGACCAGGCGCUCGGAAGCGACGUGACAGAGGCUCAAGAGCUCGUGGAAGCUGCCAUCUCAUCACUCGCCACGUGUCAGACUCUCCUUGGCUCGUCGUCCGUCCCUGUCAGCGACUCUCCUCGCAAUGCUUCUGGCCACAGAGUACCAGGCUCUGCUAUUGCUGCCGGCGCCACCGCCGCCGCUGCCCCUGUUGCAGGAGUGGCAGGAGGUGCAGUCAUGCGGGCAUCUGCACAUGAAGCUGCAGCUAAUGGUUUUCCAGGGAGUGGUGGUACACCUCCUGGGGGAACAAGAGGAACGGAUGCUUCUUCCACCUGGACUGCAACUCGAGGGGUAGCAGCUGGGAGUUCUGAAGCAGGGCUGACAGCUGCAGGGGUUGCUGCCGGUGGGCACAGCAGUCUGGGAGGACUGGAGGCGGCUGGAAUGGCUGGGGCAGGUGCAGUCCCAUACAGGGCUGUAACAAGAGGAACGGAUGCUUCUUCCACCUGGACUGCAACUCGAGGGGUAGCAGCUGGGAGUUCUGAAGCAGGGCUGACAGCUGCAGGGGUUGCUGCCGGUGGGCACAGCAGUCUGGGAGGACUGGAGGCGGCUGGAAUGGCUGGGGCAGGUGCAGUCCCAUACAGGGCUGUAGCGGCAUCAGUGCCAUACAGUGCUGUAGCACCGCUGGUGCCAUACAGCUCUUUAGCAGGGCUGACAGGGGGGCGGUUGGAAAAGGGAGGAGGAGGCAGGGCAGGGGAGAUGGAUGAUCUGGCUGCACGGGUGAGUCUGGAGACAGCGCUAGGGGACAACCUGAUAAGGCAGGCUCUUGCUUUCCUGCAAGAGGAGGGAGACGAAGGAGAGAGGGUAGCAGGUGGGAUGCAUGGGGCGGGAGGGGCGGGGGGAGUCGGAGCAGGAGGGGCGAAUGAGGAGGCAGCGGCUGGGAACCAGGGGGGUCAGAGCGUGAGUGGUGGCAGCGGCAGCGGGAUCAGCCUUGCCGCUGCAGCCGCAGCUGCAGCAGCACCAGCGGCAUCACCAGCAGCAGCAGCAGCGGCAGCAGCAGCAAACAGCCAUGCUGUUGCUGCUAUCACUGGCAGGGCUGCUGCGCCUGGGACCAUUAGCAGCCUUGCGGCCUUUCCCAGAUUCAGCACCAACAACAGGACUCCCUCUGGUGCAACCGGUGGCAUAGCUGCUAGCGCUGGUGGUGGCGGUGGUGGUGGCGGUGGUGGUGUUGCUGUUGCCCCUGCCUUGGCAGCUGCUGGUUUCUCAAGAACUGGACUGGCAACGCAUGGCGGAGAGUCAGACAGGAAACGAGCAGCAGAGGAGGAUCCGGACGGGCAAACCCUCAUCCCCCACAAGCGGCAGCGUGCGCCUGCAAAACCCUCCGCCUCCGAAAUCCCUCCGGACGGAUGGGAGUGGCGGAAGUACGGGCAGAAAGCUACACUCGGGCAGCUGUACCCGCGGAGUUAUUUCCGGGUCGAGAGAGGGCAGAAGUGGGAGGGAGAGCGCAGGGGAUUUGGGUCGGGCAGAGGAGAGCAGCACUGGUGUGAGUCCACCCUCUCAGGCAAACCCACCUGGAGCAAACCACCCAGGGUCAUACCUGGCGGGGUCACACCCACCUGA